CUGGAAACGAACGGAAAUGGCUAACUCCUUCCGUCAUUCCUUCGCUGUUACAACUAACGCGGGUCACUUUACUGCUGUGAUGCUGCAAUUCCAGCGCUUUUCAACUUCUGUGAUGUGCUCAGCAAUGAUAAAAGUAAAAGAGUGCCAGUUUCCUGUCCCAUGGGGUCACAUCGCUGCCAAGUCCUGGGGUAGUAAAGAUGGUCUACCUGUACUUUGCCUUCAUGGCUGGUCAGAUAAUGCCAACUCUUUCAGCAGACUGAUCCCAUUGCUUCCUCAAGAUCGACAUUAUGUGGCCAUUGAUUUCCCAGGCCAUGGCUUGUCAUCUCACAGACCAGCAGGCACUUUUUAUAUCUUCCCAGAGUACAUCAGUGAUAUAUGCAGAGUGACAAAUGUUUUAGGUUGGGAGCGCUUUUCUGUGAUUGGUCAUAGCAUGGGUGGCAAUGUUGGCUGUAUGUUCAGUGCUCUGUUUCCUGACAUGGUAGACAAAGUAAUUCUCAUAGACACCACUGGAUUUUUACCCACAAAGGAAAGCCUACCAGAUAUAGUACAGAAAGGAAUUGUAGAAUUACUGAAAUAUGAAAAACAGAAAAGGCCAAACAAAGUGUACAGCGAGCAAGCAGCCAUUGAAAGGUUGAUGACUGCUAACCCAUCUCUGUCUGAGGGCUCUGCCCAUAUCUUAUUGGAAAGAGGCACCACUAAGGUGCACGGAGGUGUCCAUUUCAACAGAGAUUUUCGGAUUAAUCUGCCUGGAAUUAUACGCAUGACUAUGGAACAGGCCCUGGAAUUACAGAAGAGAAUAACAGCCAAACUACUGAUUAUCUUAGCCAAUGACGGGAUAGUCAAAAGGAAGGAGUUUCAACAGCUUGAUAAAUCAGAUAUGGACAAGAUGCUUAAGGGCUACAGAGAAGUGUCAAAGAGGGGCUACAAGAACCAUUGCCCUGUCCCCAGCACAAGGCAGACACUGGGAGAACAUACACGCUCCACACAAGCAGGGCUCCAGGAUGCUAGAGCUAUGAUGCUAUCAUGA